AUGUCUCUCCGGAUCGGUAGUCGGCUAUGGCACCAACUGUCCACGGCCCAGACAGCUCUGCGUCGGACGCCGGCACACCCGUCACUUUGUCGGCCCAGCUGUGUCGUCACCAUCGCGAGUCGGCCGCUCUCGUGCACAGUCCGCCGCGCCCAUGCGACUCCGACAUCGGCAUCGUCGUCCGCCGACAACAGCAACCUCCCCCUUGCCGGCUACCGCGUGCUCGACAUGACGCGCGUGCUGGCCGGCCCCUACUGCACGCAGAUGCUGGGCGAUCUCGGCGCCGAGGUCAUCAAGAUUGAGCACCCCGUGCGCGGCGACGACACGCGUGCCUGGGGACCGCCGUAUGCCGCCUACACGCCCGAGUCGGGACUGACAGGGCCGGGCGAGUCGGCCUACUUUUUGGGGGCCAACCGCAACAAAAAGUCCCUGGCCCUCUCCUUCCAGCAUCCCGACGGCGUCGCAAUCCUGCACAAGCUCGCGGCACAGUGCGACAUCCUCGUCGAAAACUACCUGCCGGGCACCCUCGCCAAGUACAGCCUGGACUACCAGACGCUCCAGCGGCUCAACCCCAGGCUCAUCUAUGCGUCCAUCACGGGCUACGGCCAGACCGGGCCCUCGUCCAGCCGCGCGGGCUACGACGUCAUGGUCGAGGCCGAGUUUGGCCUCAUGCACAUCACCGGCGAGCGCGACCAGACGCCCGUCAAGGUGGGCGUGGCCGUCACCGACCUGACCACGGGCCUCUACACGAGCAGCAGCAUCAUGGCGGCGCUGCUGGCGCGCGCGCGCACCGGACGCGGACAGCACAUUGACGCGUCGCUCAGCGACUGCCAGACGGCGACGCUGGCCAACAUUGCCAGCAGCUGUCUGAUUAGCAAGCAGCCCGACAGCGGCCGCUGGGGGACAGCGCAUCCCUCCAUCGUUCCGUACAAGUCCUUCCGCACGGCCGACGGCGACAUUCUCCUCGGCGGCGGCAACGACCGCCUCUUCCAGAUUCUGUGCCAGGGCAUCGGCCACCCCGAGCUGGCCACCGACACCCGCUUCCUCACCAACGCCGACCGCGUCGCCCACCGCGACAUCCUCGAACGCGCCAUUGAGGCCGUCACGGAGACCCAGACCACCGCCCACUGGCUGGCCGUCUACGAGGGCACCGGCAUGCCCUACGCCGCCGUCAACGACGUCCAGACCACGCUGCAGCUCGACCACACGCGCGCCCGCCACAUGGUCCUCGACGUCGACCACCCCUACUGCGGCCCCAUGCAGCUCGUCAACUCGCCCAUGAAACUGUCCGAGACGCCGCCCGUCGUGCGCCUCGCGCCGCCCAUUCUCGGCCAGCACACCGAGGAGAUUCUGCGCGAGCACCUGGGCUACGGCGCCGACCAGAUUGCGGCCCUGGCGGCAAGCGGCGUCGUGCGGGGGGUCAAGAAGGGAGAGCAAUAA